AUGCGCGUAAUGGAGCGCACCUUCCGAGAGCAGCUUUUCUUCCUGGUCUUGUGUCUGUCUGUCCUCAAAGGAGACUCCAGAUAUAUUGAGAACAACGAAAUCUCAAAAGAUGAAUUAUACUCGUUUUUCAACUCGGAGCUCAAGAGAGAAACACCUGAGGAGCUGAUGUACCGUCGACCUUUACGCUGCCUGGACAUGGUCGCGGUGGAGGGUCAGUUCACCUUCACAGCAGAGCGUCCUCAGCUCAGCUGUGCUGCGUUCUUCAUGGCAGAGCCCAACGAAGUGAUCAGUGUGGAUUAUGACAGUGUUGACAUCGACUGCAGAGGCGGAGACUUCAUCACUGUGUUUGACGGCUGGGUGAUGAAAGGACAGAAGUUCCCCAGCUCCCAGGAUCACGCGCUGCCUGUGCACGAGCGCUACGUGGACUACUGCGACUCGGGAUCACUGAGGAAAAGCGUGCGCUCCUCUCAGAACGUGGCCAUGGUCUUCUUCCGCAUCCACAACGCCGGCAGCAGCUUCACGCUGACAGUCAGGAAACACAUCAACCCCUUCCCCUGUAAUGUCAUCUCCCAGUCACCAGAGGGCAGUUACACAAUGGUGAUCCCGCAGCAGCACAGAAACUGCAGCUUCUCCAUCAUAUAUCCAGUGGAGAUCGACAUCUCAGAGUUCAGCCUGGGACACUACAACAACUUCCCCAAGAGGUCCAUGCCUGGAUGUGCAGAAACUGGGGAUUUUGUGCAGCUUCUGGGAGGAAAUGGCAUCGAUACGUCAAAGCUGCUGCCCAUCACAGACCUGUGCAUCUCCUUCACUGGACCCACCCACAUGAAGAUCGGCUGUGACAACACGGUGGUGAGGAUGGUGUCCAGCGGGAAGUUCGUCAACCGAGUGUCCUUCAGCUACAGGCUACUCGACAGUCAGGAGUUACAGACGAUCAAACUCAACAACGUGGAAGAUUUCUGUUUCAGCAACUGA